AACCGGACGGCAUACAAUGCAAUAAUUACAAGACGGAUACAAGUGGAACUAAAAACUACCCAGUCCUGUAAAAUGGCAUUGUUUUAAAUCGUAAUCGUGCCAUACAUUCUUUGUUGGGUAAGCAAUCGUUCACAACACUGGAGUGCAUCUCUCUACGCAUACGCUGAGUUGAGUGUUGUCGUACUGUGUGAACAUCUGAAUAUUAGGCUAUCUCCCAGCAAGUUUAACUCAGGCGAUAUUCAGUGGGGACAGGUUCACGCAGCCUCUCCUUGUAUGCUUUUUUGAUUUCAGACCCCGCGUUGCCCAGUGAAGUGUUCGACAGGAUGGACAAAAUGAAGAAUCCCCGCUUUUCAAACUAUGUCGUUUUGUUCUUCAUCGCCAGUGGGGCAGGUGCUGUGGUUGUGAACUCGACCACGUCGUCCACAGAUAAAUCGAACAUCACUUUGCUAAAGGAAUCUUCUCGGGACCAAUUAUCAGCGUUUGCACCAAAGUCAAGACGAAAGCGCUAUAUAUCACAUAACGACAUGAUUUCCAUUUUAGACUACCACAACAAAGUUAGAGCGAAUGUCUUUCCACCUGCAGCCAACAUGGAAUACAUGCUUUGGGAUGAUGGUCUGGCCAGAUCUGCUGAGGCCUGGGCUGCCACCUGUAUCUGGGACCAUGGACCACAGUACCUCCUGAGAUACCUGGGUCAGAAUCUCUCUGUCAGAACUGGCAACUACAGGUCUAUCCUCCAGCUUGUAAAACCUUGGUAUGAUGAGGUGAAUGACUACGUCUUUCCCUACCCCCGGGACUGCAACCCCAGGUGUCCUUUGCGAUGCUAUGGGCCUAUGUGCACUCAUUACACACAGAUGGUGUGGGCCACAUCAAACAGAGUUGGCUGUGCUAUUCAAACUUGUUAUAACAUGCUGGUAUGGGGUGCCGUAUGGAGACAAGCAACGUACCUGGUCUGCAAUUAUUCACCAAAGGGGAAUUGGAUUGGUGAGGCUCCAUACAGGGUGGGGGUGCCCUGCUCAGCGUGUCCUCCCAGCUAUGGAGGAGCGUGCAGCAACAACCAGUGCUACCCAGGUGUGAGCUCAAACUACCUUUAUUGGUUCAAGUAAACGGAAAAGGAAACGUUUAAAAUAUUAUUUAAGUGCUGCCCAUGAGCAUCAACGCAUUGAUGCUGCCUUACUCAACGCAUUGAUCUUGCUUCUCCACUGUCAAUACACUUAGGAUUUCAGUUCAAAAUCUGUUUAAUAUUGUUUACAUUAUGUCAGUUUUUCAAAGGUGCUAAUAUGUUACGUAUACGUAAAAGGCACUCAUUCAUUACAUUACUGUGUUUUGACCAUUCUAGCAAUACACGACUCAAGGUCAGGUUGAUGUCAUUGUCCUUGUUGUCUGGAGUAGCUUACAUUACAUUCAAACUGUGAUACUCAUGUAUAUCAUUUCAGGGUGUUCUGACGGUGCUCAAAUAUUACAUACACCAAAUCACUGAUAGUUGCUCAGAAUGGCAAAAUAUUCAAAGGGGAGUUUGACAUUUGCUCCAAAAUCUGUGAUGGAGCAUGUGCGGUAUCCCCAUGAUAUCUCUGGCUUGAUCAAUGGCAUACUUAAGUAAAAUAUGAGUGCUUUGUGUAUGUUGGCUGCCUAGUACCUCUGUCAUGCUGUGUAGAUCCGGGAAGGGAAGAAUUUGGAAAUGAGUUAGAAAUAGGACCAAGAGGAGUGUUAUGUCACAUGAAAAGGGGUGUACAACUGCUUAUUGGAUAGCUACUUUUCUUCCUCAAUUAUGCACAUUGUAUAGCACAUAUUGUUAUUGCAGAUUUUUUGUGGUUUUAUUGUUUUUCAGAAAUACCAAAACAUUUUAUUAUAAGCUGAUUGUCAGCUAUAAGCUAAUGAAAGAUCUUAUAAGCUAAUUAAAACAUGAUUGAAUGUUACCUGUCCUAAAAUUCAAAGGUGAAAACUCUACAAGCUUUCAUAGCCUUCAACCAGCAAAACUGAUCAUGUUUAUCGAACAGGGUAACAUAUUUCUUUGAUUGGCUUACAAUCUUUAACAAACCUCCCAUCAAUUGGGAGCAGAAUACUAUCUUUAAAUAUUUGAAGGCACUGGGCAAAAGUGUAUAGAAAAAUGGCAUAUCCUUGAUAUUGUAUUCAAAUUAACUCAUUAAAUUAUGAAAGAUACCCAUGUAAUGACACAUUACAUGCACUGACAGACAUUCUACUGCAUACUGUGUACCAAGGCUAAUAACAGAUUAUAUUUAUAUUUUGUGAUGUAACUUGCUAGUUGUGUAAGCAUCAACCUCUACAUAAUGCCAUUGUGUAGAAUGAAGUUGAA